AUGUCUAUUAAGUAUAAAAACUAUGACGCAUGCGCCGAUUGCAGUGCUCCAGAUUCAGAUUGGAUAGUUGUAAAUCGUGGAUUGUAUGUUUGUGAUGAAUGUUGUAGUAUUCAUCGUAGUCUUGGGCGACACAUAUCACAAAUUAAAAGUUUAAGUGCCGAUUGGUGUCCAAUAACAUUGAAUAUGGUUAGAACUUUACAUCAAGCUAAUGUUAAUACACUUUGGGAACAUGCUUUAAGUGAUAAUAAGAAUCACAGAAAAAAACCUACUCCCAAGGAUCCACUAUCUUUAAAGGAAGAUUUUAUACGUGCUAAACAUAGACAGCAAUCUUUUAUAUUAAAAAGUAGUGAUACUAGGGAAGAUUUAAAUCAACAAUUACAUUCUAGUGUCAGAACAUCAAAUCUAGAAACAAGCCUAAGAAUUUUAGCUCAAGGAGCUGAUUCUAAUUAUUAUCAUCCUGAAAAAGGAAAUUAUCCAUUACAUGUGGCAGCUAAAGCAGGUCAAAUAUUACAGGCUGAAUUGCUACUUACUUAUGGAGCUGAUCCUCGUGCAGUUGAUAGCAAAGGAAAUACUCCAGCAAUAUGUGCCAAGCUAUCUGGUCAUAAAGAUAUUAGUGAAAGACUAAAUGAUAGUAUGUAUGAAGUAUUAGAUGUUCUUUCAAUGUAUGUAUUUGGACGUAAAGCAGAGCAUAAAAAUGAAGUACAUAUGAUACCUUUUGAUCCAAAUGAUGAAUGUGUUAAACAAGAAAGUGACCAACAAGAAGCUAUACAGAAGAUGCAACAGUUACCCAAUUACUUGUUUGAAGAUUUAGUGUUGGAUGUAUUUGAUGAAAUUGAUAGAAGAGAAACUGAAAAAAUUUGGCAACAUAAAAAUUCGCAAGCUCAUAUUAUGUCAGUACCAUUCUUACCGGUAAAUCCUGAUUUAUCAUCAAUGAAAAAUCAAGGUCGUCAAAAAUUAGCUUGUUAUGGACAAAAAGAAUUUAAAAAACUUGUUACACAAAUUUUAAUUGAAAUAAACAGAAGGACUCAACCAGUGAAUAAAGUUAUUUCAAAAUUAAAAUAUGAUGACGAUGAACCACUUUAUGAUCAUGUCGCUUCUGAUGAAGACUACGCAACGCCUGAACAAAUUACUGCAAUGAUGACAGUACAUAUUAAACCACCUACUAAUUUAAACAGUAAAGAGAAUAGUCUUCAAGUAGAAAAAAAUGUGACUGAAGAAACUGUAGAUUCAAAAAAUAAAAGUAUGAACCUUGCAAUACCUAAUUUGCCAUUGUAUAAUGGUAAGGACUUCAAAACAAAAUUAUCAGAGUCUGAGGCCAAAAUUUCAAAAUUGAUAUCUGAAAUUGAUUUCCUGAAAAAAAAAGUAGAAGAAAUUACUAAAGAAAAUGUAGAACUGAAAUGUGAAAUGUUACGACAAAAACAACCAGCACUGGUGAUUAAUGAAAACGAGUGUGGCGAUGUUAAGCAACCUAUUAGACCUGUAUCAAUGUAUGAAACUCGGGAAGGAAUAAAAUGUGAUAUGAUUCGAAAUAUUCAAACAAGUAAUUUACCAUCAUAUGAAGAUGUUGUUCGUCAUACCGCUCAAGUAACUAAGGGUAUACAAGAAUUAUGGACUAACAUAAGGUCAUCAGAAGCUUGUAAAGCAUUUGUUCCUGGCACUGAAAAAAUUAGGACUGCUGUAGUUGAACUUACUGCCAUAUUUCCACAUAGUAUUAAUGAUGAUGUUUUAAAAUCGGCAUUAUGGUCAUUGAAUACAAAUACUACUCAACUACAACUUGAAUGUGCAUGUUUGGAAGCUGGUGUUGAAAGAGUGCGGGAUUGCUCGUUCAAUAUUGCAAAAGCUACUAAACAGCUUUUGACAAGGUUUUGA